GACGCUGCCGGGUGCAGCCGCCGCGCCUCAUGAGCCUGCCCUAGGGCGGCGGGCGGAGGAUGCUGCCGCCGGCAGGGCAGCUGCUCCGGAGCGCCAGGGGGAGAUGGCAGCAGCCCCUGGCCGCCGCCGCCGCCGCGAGGAGCGGUCGCUCCCUGCCGGCUCCCCAGAUGCUGCGUCUGAAGCAAACUGGAAAUCUGAAGCACCAUAAAGCAGCAUGCUAUAGCACACUGGUGCCAUCUGAUGAAGUAACUGUCAGUUACAGAUAUGGCCUUCCUGUGGUAACUCUUAUGUUACCCUCAAGAAAAGAGCGCUGUCAGUUUACCAUCAAGCCAAUGUUAACAAGGGUGGGGACCUUCCUGCAGGAUAUACAGAAAGAAGAUAAAGGAAUUGAGAGGGCAGAAGUCUUUACAACAGGUGGACUCGACGGGGGAGCAUUAGCAGUUGACUCACUACAGGGAAAACACCAUAAUGGUAGCAAGAUCCCUACUACAGCAUUGAUGGAAAUUUUGUUGAUGAAUGACUUCAAACUUGUAAUCAACAACACAACUUAUAGUGUACAAGUCCCUGUAAAAGAGAAGUGGAGUAGAGAGCAUGCUACUGAAGCAGAAGAUAUCAAAUCCUUGGUUCACAGACUGUUCAUCGCCCUUCAUUUAGAAGACCACCAGUUAAGGAGAGAGAGAGAACUGCUUCAGAAACUGGAUCACCUAAGGGAACAGCUCGUACCCCUUGAGCAGAUGAAAGCCAAAAUUGCAACAAGUGCAGAUGCAAAGACCAAUAGGCUCCUAUGGACUGGCUUAGCACUACUGUCCACUCAAGGUGGAGCCCUGGCGUGGCUCACGUGGUGGGUCUAUUCAUGGGAUAUAAUGGAGCCAGUGACCUAUUUUAUCACUUACGGGAGUGCCCUGGCAUUCUAUGCUUACUUUGUACUCACUAAACAGGAUUAUGUUUACCCAGAUGUUAAAGACAGGCAAUUUCUCCACUACUUCUACCGAAAAUCCAGAAGCCAACAUUUUGACGUGGAACAGUAUAACAAGCUAAAAGAGGCACUGGCUGAGGUUGAAGAGUCCCUGAGACGCCUGCAUCAGCCCCUACAUCUGCAACUUCCAAUACAGGAAAUAAAUGACAAAGACUAAUUUUAUUUUCAUAAUUGUCAUUUGCAAAACCUAUUCCAGUAUUAAGUUUCUAUGUUGCAAACUGAAUAUUUUUGACCACUAUAGUUCUGAACAUUACUAGAAAUGUUGAUUAAAAUUAUUAUAUCAUUAGAUUUUAAAAAAAAUAAUUCCUGAAAUAAAGAAGUCUUUCAAAAUA